GAUCCAUGGAGUAGGUCACACUCAGGAGUCAGGACACUGAAAUCUGGGGGAAAUACUGUUAAAACUGUCCUGCCAUGAGAGUUCAACAGGAUUGUGACCAUGGAGAGAACUCGGCCAACUCGACUCAGAUGCUGCUUAACCAGCUGAAGGAGAUCACUGGCAUUCAGGACUGGCAGAUUCUCCAGCGUGCCCUUAACGAGAGCCAAGGUGAUAUUAGCCAUGCUGUUGGUCUCCUCACCACACCAUCAGCAGAGGAGGUUCAGGUACCUGAGGAAUCUUCUGCUGAGAAUCAUGGAGACACCUCCAAUGGACACAACACUAAGGAUGAGCUACAGGCUGCCAUUGAGCUCAGUCUGCAGGAGUCUCAGCAGGUUGAGGCCGAGCAGAGAGAACUCCACAGGGCUCUGGAGGUCAGCGCUGAGGAGAAUGCAUCCCGUGUAAAGAGGAAGAAGAAUGAGGUGUCAGGUGAGAGCUGUAGUCCAGCAGAAUGGAUCAGACAGGAGAGCUGGCCCGUGGGCAUCCGUAACGUGGGGAAUACCUGCUGGUUCAGCGCUGUCAUUCAGUCUCUGUUCCAUCUGCCGGUGUUUCGCAGACUGGUGCUCAAUUACUCCCUGUCAGAGCGUGUGCUGGAGAAAUGCAAGAGCCACUCUGAGAAGAGGAACAUAGCAUUCAUGCAGGAGUUGCGAUGCCUCUUCGCUCUGAUGGUGGGCUCUCAGCGCAGGUUUGUGGACCCGUCGGCAGCAGUGGAGCUGCUCAGGGACGCUUUCAGAACCAGCGAGGCGCAGCAGGAUGUUAGUGAGUUCACACACAAGCUGCUCGACUGGGUUGAGGACGCCUUCCAACUAGCCGCUAACGGAAGUAAUUCAGAAGAUAAACAGGACAACCCGAUGGUGCAGCUGUUCUAUGGGACGUUUGUAGCUCAGAGGGUUCAAGGAGGUAAAACACUGUCCACUAUCGAGCAGUUUGGACAGUACCCUCUUCAGGUGAACGGCUUCAAUAAUUUGGAUGAGUGUUUGGAGGGGGCGAUGGUGGCAGCUGAGAUUGAAUCACUGCACAGCGAUCAGACUGUGUCCUCUGGACAGGAGAGAUGGUUCUCGAAGCUGCCACCUGUGCUGACCUUUGAGCUUUCUAGAUUUGAAUUCAAUCAGUCUUUAGGACGGCCAGAAAAGAUCCACAAAAAGCUCGAGUUCCCCCAGAUUAUCCACAUGGACAGAUACCUUCACAAAAACGUUGACCAGACUCAUGGGAGGAGAGGAGAGGUGAAGAGGCUCAAGGACCAGUUAACAGUUCUGCAGCAGAAACUGGAAAGUUAUAAACACUACGGCUCUGGACCGAACAAGUACCCGCUGGCUGACAUGCUGCAGUAUGUGCUGGAAUUUGCAACCACAAAGCCAACAAACUCAUCCUCCAUCACAGCCAAUGCCCCAGUACACACAGAACCGAGCUCAGAACACACCAGCCAAACAGAAGCAGACGAUGCAGGUUCAUCAGAUGGUUCAGGCUGCACGCCCAGCUCUACCCAGAGAACACCCAUCCACAAGCCUUUCACACAGUGCAGACCCCCUACAGACUGGCCCUUACACCCAGCGCCCAGCAGCGUCAGUGACGAGGAGCUCCACUUUGUCCGCAGCUGCCUGCAGCGCUGGAGGACCGAGGCAGAGAACAACAUGAACGAACUCAAGGCCAGCAUCGACAAGGUCAGCCAGGCUCUGGAGGGCAUGUACUCAGAUAACAGUUUAUGUCAGGUGCCAUACAGGCUACAUGCAGUUCUGGUUCAUGAGGGACAGGCUUCUGCUGGCCAUUACUGGGCCUACAUUUAUGAUCAUGUCAAUAAACGCUGGCUCAAGUACAAUGAUGUGAUGGUGACGGAGUCGUCAUGGGAGGAGCUGGUACGAGACUCUUAUGGAGGAAUGACCAAUGCCAGUGCUUACUGUCUGAUGUACAUCCAUGACAGCCUGCCACACCUCAUAGCAGAGGAUACAGAUGAUGAAACAGGGCAAGUUUUACAAGGCAUGGACUCUCUUCCUCCUGUGCUGAAACGUUACGUUCGUGAGGACAAUCGCUGGUUCCAGCAGCAGCUCAGAGAAUGGGAGGAACAGUAUUGUCAGGCACAUCAGGACGAACCACAGACUCUUUUAUCAUUCAAUGUAGUCAACAGAGAAGAGAUCAUUUCAGAAUCUCAGCACAAAGAUCCUGACCCAAUACCAGAAACAGAAAAAGAACCUGAACAACCUGACGUGGCAGAAUCAGAAGCAGCACAGGAACCAGAGCAGGACUCAGCAGAUUUAGUCAACCCAGUAGCAUUGGAUUCCACACCACAGAGCGGCGAGGAGGUGAAGGAGGUAACUGAGGACGCUGCAUGCCCCAGUCUGACCUCUAGCCAGCUGGACGAGGGUCAGAGCCCUGUAUCAACAGCUUGUGAUAAUAAGGAGACAGUGGAAGCAGUAACUGAAGUGGAUAAUCAGAUUGUGAGUGAACAGACUGAAUCAGAGGAAGCAUCAAAUUCACAGGCUGAGGAGUCUGAGGAGGGUGAAGCACAGACCUCGUCUGCAGAGCCCAGCCAAGCCGAGGCCAGACAGCCAGAGAGCGAGGUGUCUGAAGUAGAGAUUCCUAAUGUGGGCAAAAUCCUGGUGCUCUCGGACGCAGACGGAUUUAAUGAAGAGAUGAUCCUUACACCAGCCAUGCAAGGUGUUAUUAUUGCCAUAGCCAAGGCUACACAAAUCUUCGACAAGGAAGGUCCUGAGGCAGGACUGAUCAAGGCGUUUCACGAAGAAUACUCCAGACUAUAUCAGCUGUCUCAGGAGGAGAUCACCCCUCAGCAGGACCCCCGACUCCAACACAUACUGGUCUAUCUGUUCCAGAAUAAAGCACCUGACCGUAUUAUUGAGAGGACACUGCUGGAACAGUUUGGCGACCGUAAUCUCAGCUUUGAUGAUAGGUCUAUCAGUAUUAUGAGGGUGGCCAGAACCAAACUUCGAAUGAUCAAACCAGAGGACAUGGACAUGGAGGAGUACAUGCAAUGGCACGACGACUACAGCAUGUUCAAGACCGUGUUUGCCUACCUGCUGACAGGACUUGAGCAGUACCAGAAUGGAAAAAUCAGAGAGGCUUUGAUUUAUCUUGCACAUGCUUACCAGGACAAUUCAGCCUUGCUUAAAAACGGGGAGAUGAGAGGAGUGGACCACAAACUAAUCGCACUUUACAGGAGGAAAUGUCUAAAAGAGCUGAAUGAAAAUGCAGCCACAUUGUUCAAAAGUGGGGAGGAGAGCAAUGUGGAGGAGGGAGUAACCAUCUUGAAUGACUGCGUAAUCCCCUGCAUGCACCUCAUGGCCAGAGACAGCAUCACCCAGGAGGAUAUGGAUGCCACUGAGGACAUUAGAAGCCACUGGUGCUCAUAUCUGGGACAGGAUAUGGAUGAUUUGCAACAGGAGAAGCUGAGUGAAUUCUUACCAAGGGUCCUGGACUGUUCAGCUGAGAGGGUAGUGCUAAAGGAGCCGCCCAAAGUGAGGAAGUCGCCCCACGACCUGUGCAGUCGCCUGGCUGCAGUCAUGGAGUCCAUCCACAGCACAUCCAUAGUCACUGUGAAAUGAGCACACACAGAAAUGAACUUCAUAGUAAUUUACUGUUAUUUAGCUCCCGACUCAACAUCUAGUUUUUAUUGUUGUUGCACUGAACAUAAAGCUAUGUAGUUUUUAUACACAUUUUUAACUUGCUUUUGUUGUGACCGUUAGUCUCUGGUGUUACUGCAUAGUCAAGUAUUUGCAGAGCUGUUGCUUGGCAAGAAAAUCAUGUUUGAUCUCAGGAAAGAUCGACUGGAUUUUGUUUUGUAAUGCAAAAGCGAAUUUUCAUUGUCCACAGAUGGAGGAAGGAAGGGUAUCUGAAAAAAUUUUAGACUCAUCGACUUUUCACAUGUACUGUAGACUGACAUUGCUGUGAAAGUAGAAUUUUAUAAAUAUUCAUCACAGUCACUUUAAUUCAGAUUCCUCUAUCGGUUUUCCACUCCUUUGUUUCAUUUUUUAAGCCUGUGCUGCUUCUUAAUAAACUGUCUUUCACUUUAUCCUACUCUGCUA